CCCGGACCCGGACCCGGACAGGAGCCGCUGAGCUUCCCACGGGCGGCCGUCUCUUUCGAGGGUCUUCAUGCAGCCAUGGAUCUGGAUAAACCCUCCGUCUGGGGCUCCUUCAAACAGCGGACCAGGCCUCUGCUGCUCAACCUGAGCAAGAGGAAGGCAAAGAAGCACCCGGACAAACCCCUGGGCUCCCGGGAGCCGCAUCAUCAUCAUCACCUCGACCGCCGCCUCAGCCUCUCAGUCCCCGACCUCCUGGAGGCCCAGGCCUUGGCCCCGGAGGGCGGGCCGUACUCCGGGGCCCAGUCGUCCUACACCUCCGUGCCCAGCAGCCUGUCCACGGCCGGGAUCGCGCCCGGGAGCUGCAGCGGCUCCUUGAAGCAGUCGGAAGAGGAGCUGGACUGGAGCCAGGAAGAGGCAGGCCACCUGCAGGCGGCAGACACGGACCCCGAGGAGACCUACGCCUCGCCAGCCGCCGGCCUCCGCGACCUGCUGCCGCCGAAGGCGCCCCCGGGGGAGGAUGCUCCGGAGGAGCCCGAGAAGCUCUGUGGCAGUGGCGAUCUGAGCGUGUCUAUGACGUCCCACCAGUUUGAAGAACAGCCUACCAUCGGGGAAGCCAGCGACGGCCUGAGCAACCUGCCCAGCCCCUUCGCCUACCUCCUCACCAUCCACCUGAAGGAGGGCCGGAAUCUGGUCAUCCGGGACCGCUGUGGCACCAGCGACCCCUACGUGAAGUUCAAGCUGAAUGGCAAGACGCUGUACAAAAGCAAAGUCAUCUACAAGAACCUGAACCCGGUCUGGGACGAGAUGGUCGUCCUGCCCAUCCAGAGCCUCGAUCAGAAGCUCCGCCUGAAGGUAUACGACCGAGACUUGACGACGUCGGAUUUCAUGGGCUCUGCGUUUGUCAACCUCAGCGAACUCGAGCUGAACAGAACAACUGAACAUAUUUUAAAGUUGGAAGAUCCAAACAGCUUAGAAGAUGACAUGGGCAUGAUCGUGCUAAAUCUGAACCUCGUAGUCAAACAGGGUGACUUCAAGAGGCACCGCUGGACAAACCGGAAGCGGUUAAGCGCAGGCAAGUCCUCGCUGAUGCGCAGCCUGCGGCUCUCGGAGGCCCUGAGGAAGAACCAGCUAUGGAACGGCAUCGUGAGCAUCACGCUGCUGGAGGGAAAGAACGUGGCAGUGGGAAACGUGGCCGAGAUGUUCGUCCUCUUAAAGCUGGGGGAGCAGAGGUACAAGAGCAAGACACUGUGUAAGAGUGCACAUCCACAGUGGCGGGAAGAGUUUGACUUUCACUACUUCUCUGACAGGAUGGGCAUCUUGGACAUCGAGGUCUGGGGAAAGGACGGCAAAAAGCACGAGGAGCGACUGGGCACGUGUAAAGUGGACAUCGCCUCGCUCCCGCUCAAGCAAGCCAACUGCCUGGAGCUGCCCCUGGACAGCUGCCUGGGCGCCCUCCUGCUGCUCAUCACGCUCACCCCCUGCGCGGGGGUCUCCGUGUCCGACCUGUGCGUGUGCCCCUUGGCGGACCCCGGCGAAAGGAAGCAGAUCGCCCAGCGCUACGGCCUGCAGAACUCCCUGAGAGACAUGAAGGACGUCGGGAUUCUACAAGUGAAGGUUUUAAAGGCUGUGGACCUCUUGGCUGCUGACUUCUCUGGGAAGAGCGACCCUUUCUGCUUGUUGGAGUUGGGCAAUGACCGGCUUCAGACGCACACCAUCUACAAAACUCUCAACCCCGAGUGGAACAAAGUGUUCACCUUCCCCGUUAAGGAUGUCCAUGAUGCUUUGGAAGUGACCGUGUUUGAUGAAGAUGGAGACAAACCCCCGGAUUUUCUUGGAAAAGUCUCCAUUCCCUUGCUGUCUAUUCGAGAUGGACAAACGAAUUGCUACGUGUUGAAGAAUAAAGAUUUAGAAGUUGCUUUUAAAGGAGUCAUUUACCUGGAGAUGGAGCUUAUCUAUAAUGCGGUCAAAGCCAGCAUCAGGACCUUCACGCCCAGGGAGAAGCGCUUUGUUGAAGACAGCCGCAAACUGUCCAAAAAGAUCUUGUCCAGAGACGUGGACCGGGUGCGCAGGCUCACCAUGGCGAUGUGGAAUUCGCUCCGGUUCCUCAGGAGCUGCUUCGAGUGGGAGUCCACGCCGAGGAGCGCCGUGGCGUUUGUGGUGUUCGUGGUCGCCGUGUGGAACUUCGAGCUGUACAUGGUCCCCCUGGCGCUGCUGCUGCUCUUCGCCUACAACUUCCUCGAACCCGUGAAAGGAAAGGGGAGCGGCACCCAGGACUGCCAGGAGAGCACGGAAGUCGAGGAGGAGGAGGACGAAGAUGACAAGGAAUCUGAGAAGAAGGGCAUCAUCCAGAGGAUCUACAUGGUUCAGGAUAUCGUAUCCACGGUUCAGAACAUCUUGGAGGAAGUAGCUUCCUUUGGAGAAAGAAUUAAAAACACGUUUAACUGGACGGUCCCGUUCCUCUCCUUCCUGGCCUGUCUGAUACUGGCGGCCGCCACCAUCACCUUGUACUUCGUCCCGUUCCGCUACAUCGUUUUAAUCUGGGGCAUCAACAAAUUCACAAAGAAAUUCCGAAACCCCUAUGCCAUCGACAACAAUGAGCUCCUGGACUUCCUCUCCCGGGUGCCAUCGGAUGUCCAAAAGGUGCAGUUCGCCGAGCUGCGGCCCAGCGGAGGCCAGAGCCCCCUUCGCAAGAAGCGCAGUGUGCCCUAGGACAGACAGACAGACACUCGCCACCCGGGGCCCAGCGUCCCUGUCCAGGUUUGGGCCAUCGGACCCACCUUAGGGCUCUCUCGGCGGCUCCAGGGUCUGGACACGUGUGUGGUGUGGCACCCGGUAUGUCAUCCCCCUCCUUCUUCAAGCUCACACAUGCACAUGGGAACACGCACACGGGAACACACACAUGCACGGAUGGCCUAGAGGCCUAGCGGGCUGGCCCAGCAGAAGGAGGCCAUCUGGAGACCACAAGACGUACCUCCCCGUCGUCUCAGAGAGGAGAGAACAGCCAGGGACCCCUGGCGUGCUGUGACAGGACUUUGAACUUGUGUCCACACCGCCAGCGGCCAGUUCUCCUGAAGAUUCCCUUGUUUCCACGCCCCACCCCAAUGCUCCUUUCUGAUGGCUGCUCCUGUGAGUCCCUGGUGGUGGUUUUUCUCUCUUCUCACCCCCUCUCCCCGGAGCUAACAAGUCUUGGAUAAGACAUCAUCCACCCAACGAUUGCAUCUUAUCAACAACAGAUUUUUCAAUAACGACCAGGAUUAGCCCCGAUUGUUAUUCGGGAACCGUUCAGCCGUGACUCCUGAAGAUCUGUACGUGGAAUCCCGGUCACGUCCUUCUGCGUCACGGCCUGUUGCUGGCAGUGGGUGCCGGGAGGGUCCAGAGGGAACACACCGCCCCAGAGCGAAGGGUGUCGAGGUGUCUUAAAGCACUGUCUCUUCCAGUCAGGCUUUGUGCUUCUUUCCAAACGGAAAUGGCCAGGAAAGGGGAGGGAAUGAAUGAAUGAAUGAAUGAGUGAAUGAAUGAAUUCUGAGAGUACUUAGGUCAAGGCCAGCCGGGGAGCCAGGGAUGAGUACAUGUGGCUGCUUUCCUGGUGGUCAUCAUCGCCUCAUUGGCCCACAUUUUUUGAGCAGAAAGUGGAAAUAUUUUAGCAGCUCCACUUGAUCUUUUGUCCCUCCUAUGGGUACAAUAAGCUGCCCGCCAGAAAAAUGUAUCUCUCAGCCCUUUCCCUAGAAAAAUACCACUUCCUUCCUUUGAUCCCUGCAGACCCUGCCAUUUCACAGAAACCCACCCCCACGUCACAGUUCCAAUGUUGUGCAUAUGUAUGAUAUGAAAUAUGAAAGUUUCUUUUCAAGUGACAUGUCCGUUGUCUCAAGAUUGCAUCUUGUCGACACCUCCUUUGUAUUGUACUGUUCUAUCUAUGUAUAUGUAAUAUAUAUUGUAAAGGAAAUGGGAGGGGGAAGAUCUGAUUUCACAGUAAGUUUGACCAUGGUGUUGUUUUUUUCCCCCCCUCCUCCCUCUCUGGGCUGCCAUUUAAUAAUCUUCCAACAAAAUGUUUAUGAAACACCAAAGAUUCUAACCCUUA